GCGGGGGGGGUUGGGGUGGGGGGGGCAGCGGGGCUCGGGGAGGUCCCCGUCGGGUGCGCGCAGAUGGCGACGCAGGUGGAGGCGCUGCUGCCCGGCGCCCCUCUGCUGCCCGGCGAGGAGCGCGCCCUGGUGCUGAAGCCGCCGCAGGACGGCAGCCGGGAGAAGGGCGAACCGCCCAUGGGCCCCGACGGCGGCCUCGCGGCGCCGCGGCCGCCCAGCGCUAAGCAGCAGAAAGAGGAGAGCAACAACCAGGAGAAGGAGAGCCUGCUGAGGGCCGGCGGCGAGGCGGAGGACGGCGGCGAGGCGGGCGGAGCGGGGCGCAGGGAGUUCAUCGAGGCCCCGCCGCCCAAGGUGAACCCCUGGACGAAGAACGCCGCCGCGCCCGCGGUCAAUGGGCAGUCGCCUCCAGAUAUAUUCCCAGCUGACGGCCAGUCUGAACAUACAACUCCUGCGAAGGUGGUGAGGGCUGCCAACCCGAGACCGCGGAAGGGAAGCAAGGUUGGUGACUUUGGUGAUGCCACAAACUGGCCGACACCAGGAGAGAUAGCCCACAAGAGCGUCCAGCAGCCACAUAAAGCACCAUCCCUUCGGAAGCUGCCUGUCAAGAAAGACAUGAAAGAGCAGGAGAAAGGAGAUGGGAGUGAUGGCAAAGAGAGCCUGAAAACCAAAUCGGAUGAAUCUGGGGAGGAGAAGAAUGGUGACGAUGACAACCAGAAGUCAGCCCAGAAGAAGAAAGGCAACAAACACAAGUGGGUCCCUUUGCAGAUAGACAUGAAGUCAGAGGUGCCUAGGGACAAAACAGCCUCUCGGAACAACCGGCAAAACGAGCAGCACAGGCACCCCUCCAACAACCGCAGCGAGCUCAAAGGCUGGCACCCGGACAACAAGCACGAGCGCAGCUGGCAGGACCAUGAUGAAACCUCCAGCGUGAAGAGCGAGGGAGGAGCUGUGCGAGGGACCUUCCGGGGCAGAGGCCGGGGCCGCGGCAGGGGCCGUGGCCGGGGCAGAGGAGGGCACUUUGACUACCAGUAUGGGUACCGGAAAUUCGAGGGCUCGGAUGGCUCCCGCACGCAGAAGUACGCCAGCAACAUCACUUACUACUUUGACAACAUCAGUAGUGCUGAGCUCUACAGUGUGGACCAGGAGCUACUCAAAGACUACAUCAAGCGGCAGAUUGAGUACUACUUCAGUGUGGACAACCUGGAGCGAGACUUCUUCCUGCGCCGCAAGAUGGACUCGGAUGGUUUCCUUCCCAUCACCCUGAUCGCCAGCUUCCACCGGGUGCAGGCGCUGACCACUGAUAUCAGCCUCAUCAUCAAGGCUCUGAAGGACAGCAAGGUGGUGGAAAUUGUGGAUGAGAAAAUAAGGAGAAAAGAGCAGCCAGAGAAAUGGGCUCUGCCUGGCCCCCCUAUGGCAGACUACACACAGACUGACUUCUCACAGUUCAUCAACUGCCCUGAGUUCGUGCCCCGGCAAAGCUUCCAGAAAGAGACAGAGUCUGCUCCUGGCUCCCCACGUGCUGCCAGCCCAGUCCCCACCAAAACAGAGGAGGUCAGUAACCUGAAGACAAUGCCCAAGGGCCUGUCCACAAGUCUGCCAGACCUGGAUUCAGAGACAUGGAUUGAAGUGAAGAAGAGACCUCGGCCCUCGCCGGCCAGGCCCAAGAAGCCAGAGGAGUCAAAGACACCGCAGCAGCAAAAGCAGAAGGACCAAGAUGAACCAGAGGAGCUAGACUUCCUGUUUGAUGAGGAGAUGGAGCAGAUGGACGGCCGCAAGAACACCUUCACCGACUGGUCAGACGAAGACUCUGAUUACGAGAUUGAUGACCGGGAUGUAAACAAGAUCCUCAUCGUGACACAGACACCUCCCUACCUGCGCCGGCAUCCUGGUGGGGACCGGACUGGCAACCACACAUCCAGGGCUAAAAUGAGCUCGGAGCUGGCCAAGGUCAUCAACGAUGGGCUGUACUACUAUGAGCAGGACCUGUGGACAGAGCAGUUUGAGCCAGAGUAUUCGCAGAUUAAGCAAGAGGUGGAGAACUUCAAGAAGGUGAACAUGAUCAGCAGGGAGCAGUUUGACACCUUGACCCCAGAGCCCCCGGUGGAUCCAAACCAGGAAGUCCCUCCUGGUCCCCCCAGGUUCCAGCAAGUACCCACAGACGCUUUGGCUAACAAGCUGUUUGGAGUCCCUGAACCUUCAACCAUCGCCCGGUCUUUGCCUACAACUGUACCAGAAUCACCCAACUACCGCAACGCCAGGACCCCCCGGACCCCUCGCACGCCUCAGCUGAAGGACCCAACACAGACGCCCCGGUUCUACCCAGUGGUGAAAGAGGGAAGGACGAUAGAUGCCAAGACUCCACGGAAGAGGAAGACGAGGCACAGCUCAAACCCUCCGAUGGAGUGCCACGUGGGCUGGGUGAUGGACUCACGGGAGCACAGGCCACGAACUGCGUCCAUCAGUUCCAGCCCCUCGGAGGGGACCCCGGCCGUUGGAAGCUACGGCUGCACCCCGCAGUCCCUGCCUAAGUUCCAGCAUCCUUCGCACGAGCUGCUCAAGGAGAAUGGCUUCACACAACACGUCUACCACAAGUACCGUCGGCGCUGCCUUAACGAGCGGAAACGACUGGGCAUCGGUCAGUCCCAGGAGAUGAACACACUUUUCCGGUUCUGGUCCUUCUUCCUCCGAGAUCACUUCAACAAGAAAAUGUAUGAGGAGUUCAAGCAACUUGCUGUGGAGGACGGGAAGGAGGGAUACAGGUACGGUCUGGAGUGCCUUUUCAGAUACUACAGCUAUGGGCUGGAGAAGAAAUUCCGGCCAGACAUAUUUAAGGACUUUCAAGAAGAGACCAUCAAGGAUUACGAAGCUGGACAGCUCUAUGGGCUGGAAAAGUUCUGGGCCUUCUUAAAGUAUUCCAAAGCCAAAAAUCUGGACAUUAACAGCAAACUGCAAGAAUACCUCAGCAAGUUCAAGCGCCUCGAGGACUUCCGAGUGGAUCCACCCAUGGGGGAGGAAGGUGGACACAAGAGAUACCCAACGACGUCAGGGGGCGAUGGCAGGAAGCGCUACCCAUCCCAGUCUUCCAGCAAAACGGUCAGCCAGUGCCCAUCCAGCCAAGCCCACGCCUCACCCAGCCAGCCUGCACAAGAGGAUGCCAAAAACCUGAGCCAGCAAUCCCCUGCCCCGGCGGCUGCAGAAUCGCAGACAGUGGGGAAGUAGAGAGGCUGCAGCAUCUGCUUCCUGCCAGGGGAUGGGGUGGGUUGGUGGGGGACUGGCUCGGAGAAGGGGAGACGUGAGGAGGUGAGACAGGAAGGGAGCUGGAAGGUGGGUGCCCAGGAAUAGGCUGCUCUGGAGAAACCUUCAACGCACAUGAUUUCUUUUCUCUUGUGGCUGGAAAGCAAGGAUGAUCUGCAUCUGAAACACCGUUUUGCUAUUAGAACACCAUGACCAGAGCCAGACCCGCUCCCAGCAGACCCAACCCUUUGCUUUCCCUUCCCUCCCCUCCUGUGCGCACACUCAUGUCUUAGUGUCUCUUCAAGCAAACAAACAAACAAACACGUUCUGGCUGGGUUUAGAAAGGGGAGAUUUUUUUAUUAUUAUAUAUAUAUAUCAAGUUUUAAAUUA